UGUUGAUACUGUGCAUCAGGAGGAGGGUUCAUUCGCAUGUUGCAGUCUUUCAAAGUAUCAUUUGUAAUCACUUCAAAUAUCGCUCUUUUGAACCUCGUAAGCUGUAAGCCUUCAUUGGGAGGUACUAUGGCACCAUGGUCUGCUCUGCGCUGCUGCGGAUUCCUUGUCAUUCUGCUAGCAGUGGUGUGUCCCCCUCUUGAUGCAGCUCAGGCAGUAAACCAGGAGUUGUCAGACCUUUUCAACGAACUCUGGAAGCUGGAUACGAAUCGCAUGAAGCCUGGCACUGACUAUACCAUCUCUCUUCAGGGCAAAGCUGGCUAUGUCUCACAGGGCAGUAACAAUGCCAGGGAUCAUGCCUCAUCACCUCUCUUCUCCAGUGUAGAUGAGAACAAACUGAAGAGCAUCACCACCUACUCCCGCUUCAUGAAGCUGCUGGACAACUAUGAGAGGUCAACUGGUGUGGCGGAGCGUGUCACCCCCGAUGAAGUCACAGAGAACUAUCUUUUUCUGGAUGCUAUUCUGGAAACAGAAGUCAUGAAGCGUGUGCACAGGUACUUGGUUAGCAAGGGCCUCUCCCACUCAGAACUGAGGACAUUCAAGAGUCAGCUUUACACCAUCUGGUUCCGUCUCUACCACAGAGACAGAAAUGGAGGUGAGGACUCAUGCGGAUUCGAGCAUGUGUUUGUUGGAGAGUCAAAAUUUGGAAAUGAAAUUGUCGGUUUCCACAACUGGGUCCAGUUUUACUUGCAGGAGAAGAGCAAGAAUGUAGACUACAAGGGAUACAAAGCCAGAGACCAUGACAAACCUGAUGCAGAUGAUCACAUCCUUAACCUCCAGUUCAGCUGGCACGGCAUGGUGAAGCCGGUGAGUAGCAGCUUUGUUGGGGCCAGUCCGGAGUUUGAGAUGGCCCUCUACACCACUUUAUUCCUCCUGAACACUCAUCGGAGCACCACGGUGGUGGUCAAUAUUGACCAAUGUCAGCUGGAGUUGGUGGUGAUCCGACAUGGGCGCUCCAUUGGGACAGCCUUUCCCAAACUGCUCAGCAGCAACAACAGACAUCUGUAGAGGAAAGCACUUGGCUAAGAAAACACACACAAGCAUAGAUUAAAGUUUGACUAUGCACCCAGAUAAUCCCAUCUGUUGAGACACGACAGUGUUUGAAACCAAAUUAUUAUGAAAUAUGAAUAUAAUGGACUGAUGUAUAUUCCUUUAUUUUAUGUACCACACCACUUUUGAUCGUUCCAUUCCAUGUUUUUUUAGGAACUGAUGUGAAUGAAGAAUACAUUGAGUGAAAAUGUUAACAUCUGCCAUUGAUUUAAUACUAAUCCCCAGUUUGGUUCGUGGAGUCUGCUUUGCAAGCAUUCCCCAGAAGUCUCUUGCGUCAGUACUCUAAUUCAUCUUCCAGUGUACUACUGUUUACUACAUGUGUUUUUCAGUCUGGGGUAGUGGCAUAGCAUUUCACUGGAACAAGGAGUUCGGGAAGCCAAGGCAAAGUCUCGCAGUGUAGCGCCUCAUUCAAAUUUGUUCAAUUGUAGUUGGGUGAGGGUGUGUCCUUACAACGUUAGCAUUUACAUUUUUAUUAUUGUGCCACCAUCUGGACAAUGUGUAAUUUGAAAUAUCUCAAUCACAAGAGUCAUAAUUCACCCAAGUUUCAUCCAACUGGGGCUAUAUCUUGAUGUCCGAAUUAAACAUUCUAGAAAUGUGGUCCUUCUAAACAUGUUUUUCAUCUUUAAAUCUUCUUGGUUGACAUGUAGGUCUACAUACAUGUCCCUUCCAUGGCAUGACUUUUAAAGUCGUAACAUUUCUAACUGACCCCAAACUUUUGAACAAUGGUGUAAGUAUAGUCAAUAUUAAUCUCAGUGAUUUAUGUUGCCCGCCAAUAAACAAUACAAACCUA